CAGCAGGCAGAUGGUUUCUUUGUUUGUGAGUAGGUACGGCGUCGGUAGUGAGCGCGGCAGGAGUGAUUGCCCCUUCCACCCUUUCUCUCAGGGUGGAGCUCGGGCGCUCUGCGGGCGAUCAGUAUUUGCAGCUGAAAUGGCAAAGGUUCUUUUGGCGGUGGCCGCCACGGCAGCGGCGGGCAUCGCCGCUUUCGUGUUGUCGCAGCAAUCGCCCGCCAAGAAAAGCAGCCAGGGCGACAAGGAUGGCGAAGCGGAGAACGUUGCGUCGGCCUCAUUCAAGGAGUGGGAGACUGGCCCUGCUUCUGCAAAGGACCCGUCAAAUGGGGGAGCGGAUGGAGACGUGCAGGUGACGGCAGAGAGCGCGAGUUCCAAUGUGGGUUCGGACAGGAUAGCGGCUGAUGUCAGCAAGCCUGGGACGAAGCAGUUGGGGACAAGAGCUGUCUCUGGGAGCCAAUCAGAGCAGGCAUCGCAGGGUAUGGCUUUGGCCUCCGCUAAGGGGGCUCCUCCGGUUGCGGAGCAAGACAGCAGGCCAGUGAAGAAGCUGGGAGGAGAUACAAAAGCUGCGCCUAUCGCUGCAGGUCCUGGGCUCAAGAGCGCUGUAAGCACCGCUGAGAAUGGUUCGGCCAGUCCUCAGAAAGCAGCAGUCGAGCAGCCCGCAAAGAAACAAGGGGGAAACCCUGAGUCGCCGCAGGUUGGGAGCGCAGCACAAGCUGUUGAAAACGGGAAGGCCUUGGGGUCUACAGAGUCAGCGGCUUUGGAAGGGAGCGGCAAAGGAGCCAAGAAGGAAAGUGCCGCACUUUCCGUGGAGGCGAAAGCGAUCCCAGGGAGCAGUGGGCAGACGACUUCCCCUCUGGCUGCGAAAACUGUGGGAAAUUCAGAGCAGGGGGCAAAGACGGGGCUCCCGGGCAGCCCCCCGAUCUCGCGGAGGCAAUAUGAGGACAUGACACUCACGCCCGACAACAGCCCCCCCACCAGAACCAAAAGCUCAGGGGCCGAAAACGGCGCCAAGUCUCUGGGCAUGGCUGCGUUGGUCGAGAAGAAGGUUCCCGGCUUUGCAAGGACUCCGUCGAUGGAGAUCGCGGAAAAGGUGGCGGAAACUGCCCCUGUUGCGGCGGCCGCCGGGAAACCGGUUUCACCUCCCGCCCAGAACUCGGUUGCCAAACCUGAGGAGCCACGGAAGGUAGCGAGCACUCCAUUCGAGAGAAAGCCCACUGCCCCAGCAGCGAGCCCAGUAGCCAGUAGAAACGCGACAGGUGUCGCAGGCAAAGUUGCGGCCGACAUGCCGAAGAGCUCAGUGGCUGGUCCUAAGAACGAGCCUGCGGCUGCAGAGAAGACGCCAGCAACUGUGGCCCCCACGCCGGCUGUCAAAUCUGCGGAGGUUUCAGCAAAGGCUGAGAUAGCAAAUGGGUCCGCUCCUGAGAAGAAACCCUCCGCUCCGGUUGCGGGCGCCCCUGCGGCGCCAGCUGGCAAAUCUCUUGAGGCGCCAGGGGGCAAGACCCCGGAGACGGCAGCCAGCAAACCUCAGGAAUCACCGAAGGCUGAACCUGCAAAGGCUCCAGCCGCCGUUGAGGCCCCCAAGAAACCCGCAGCCUCGGGUUCUCUCCAGAAGAACGAUGCUCCCGCUAAAACCCCCCCCGCCAAGCCAGCAGACCUCGCCAAGUCCCCCCCAAAAGCUGCUCCCGUCGCGCCAGCUGUCAUACCCCCGGCUGAAAAGCCCAGCUCUGCUGACAUCGUCAAGUCUCCCCCAAAAGCUGCUCCCGUCGCGCCAGCUGUCACCCCCCCGACUGAAAAGGCCAGCCCUGCUGAUAUUGCCAAGUCUCCCCCAAAAGCUGCUCCCAUUGUGCCAGCUGUCAGCGCGCCCCCCGCAGCGAAGCCCAGCUUUGCUGACCUUGCCAAGUCCCCCCCAAAAGCUGCUUCCGUCGCGCCAGCUGUCAGCGCGCCCCCGGCCGCAAAGCCGAGUUUUGCUGACCUCGCCAAGUCCCCCCCGAAAGCUGCUCCCGCUGCGCCAGCUGGCAGUGCCCCGCCGGCGGCAAAGCCCAGCUUUGCGGACCUCGCCAAGUCCCCCCCAAAAGCCGCUCCCAGUGCACCAAAGCCCAGCUUUGUGGCCCUCGCAAAGUCGCCCCCGAAGCAGCCCCAGACUGUCAGCAAAUCUUCAAUCCCCCCUCCACCGGCAACCGCCGAGCGCAAGACCUCUGUUACCUCCGGCAGCUAUGCUGAUAUGGCAAAGCCCGCGUCGUCGAAGCCCCCUCCAGCCACGUCUUCCCCCAAUGAUAGCUCCCGGUUUGGGUUCGUUGCAAAGUUGCCCAAACUAGCGACGUCACCGUCGCCUUCAAACAGUCGGAGCGGGUCGGUAGCUAGCUCGCCGACACCUGGCGACGCUCAGAGGGCGACAGCUGGAGACGCGCAGCGGACGCAGGUUGGGUUCGAGGUCGCACAGGCGAAGCCCUCGAAACCGCUGAGCCCCGCCGCUCCGGCGUUUGUGCCCGCGGCAAAGAAAGGGUUUGGUGAGGUGACCGAGGGGGUUAGCGGAAACCUAGAGGGGGCGAAGUUGGGAAGCGGAGAUGGUGGAAAGAGUGCGAUGGUCAAGGACGGGGAAGCGCUCCCAAGCAAAGAUUCGGCAGGGGUCGCGGACACAGACACGUUGAAGGCCAAAUCGACGGACCAGGCCACUCUUGCCUCAAACGGCGAAGCCUCGUCUGUCACGAGAAGCUCCACGCCAGGCAAAGCUGCAUUGAGUCUCCCAAUCAGCAUCCCAGGAAGUGUUGACGAGCCAGACGCCGAAAACGGUUCAGUUGCAUCCACUCCCGCCACGACUCCCGCGACUACCCCGGCCGCCUCUCCCAAUCAGAGGUCUUACGUGGAGGGCAAGGUUUGGAAUGCAGACAAGACCGCCAAGAACAAGGCGAAACGGGACAAGAAGAAAGCGAAGAAGUCGGGGAGCAACGCGGCCAGCCCAAGGGACUAAGACGGGUUCGGGGCCCAAGUUUUGGUAGCCUAACUUUGAGGUUUGCUGACAGCUCGGAAGCCGUUACUUUGACUGCUCGGAGGGGAGUUUUGAAUGACUGUUCGAAAACCUUUACUGGAGCUGCGAACCGGUUAUGACGGUACACUGUGUGUUUGCCGGGAGUUAGAGGGUUAGCGUGUUGGUGCAGGUGUCGUUAAAGUGUUUGGGUGGCAAGGCGUGGAUCGCCGACUUUUUCUAGCUUCUGAACGACCAAUGUCUUUGGCUAACUUUUCGGACAUUCAAGGAUCUGCGUUUUGUUGGAACAAAACGAAGCACGUUUAAAUUGUCGACAAGAGUAGGGAACGCUUUGGUAGGUUGAGUUGAAGCUUCUUUAGCAAAUCGCAGUGCGGAAGAAGAAAGUGGUAUCGUGCCGGUUUCAAGUCUUUAGCUAGCCGUUAGUAGACCGGGGACACACGCGACCCGUAGAUAGGUUACUGUGCAAAAUCUGGUUGUAAGGUGGAGUCGGCUAAAAUGUGACGAUUAGUGCGGCGGCUCAAUCAAUCAGAGAUCUUCCGGUUCUACAAUUAUAGGCCUUUUGAUCGUUAAUCAGGCUCAGACUCGUGUUGUCACACCUCU